AGAUCCCAAGGGAAGACUUCCAUUAGUAAUUCAAUCAGUGCAAGUGACAUUAAGGAACAAUGGAUGUAGAAAAUGAGCAGAUACUGAAUGUAAACCCCACAGAUCCUGAUAAUUUAAGUGACUCUCUCUUUUCUGGUGAUGAAGAAAAUGCUGGGACUGAGGAAAUAAAAAAUGAGAUAAAUGGAAAUUGGAUUUCGGCAUCCUCCAUUAAUGAAGCUAGAAUUAAUGCCAAGGCAAAAAGGCGCCUGAGGAAAAACUCAUCCCGGGACUCUGGCAGAGGCGAUUCAGUCAGUGAUAAUGGAAGUGAAGCCCUUAGAAGUGGAGUAACUGUACCAACCAGUCCAAAGGGAAGGUUGCUAGAUAGGCGAUCCAGAUCUGGGAAAGGAAGGGGACUGCCAAAGAAAGGUGGAGCAGGAGGCAAAGGUGUCUGGGGUACACCUGGACAGGUAUAUGAUGUGGAGGAGGUGGAUGUGAAAGAUCCUAACUAUGAUGAUGACCAGGAAAACUGUGUUUAUGAAACUGUAGUUUUGCCUUUGGAUGAAACAGCAUUUGAGAAGACUUUAACACCAAUCAUACAGGAAUAUUUUGAGCAUGGAGAUACUAAUGAAGUUGCGUUGGUUGGCCAGUUUAUUGCUAGAGCUGUUGGAGAUGGAAUUUUAUGUAAUACCUAUAUUGAUAGUUACAAAGGAACUGUAGACUGUGUACAGGCUAGAGCUGCUCUGGACAAGGCUACUGUGCUUCUGAGUAUGUCUAAAGGUGGAAAGCGCAAAGACAGUGUGUGGGGCUCUGGAGGUGGGCAGCAGUCUGUUAACCACCUUGUUAAAGAGAUUGAUAUGCUGCUGAAAGAGUAUUUACUCUCUGGAGAUAUAUCUGAAGCUGAACAUUGCCUUAAGGAACUGGAAGUACCUCAUUUUCACCAUGAGCUUGUAUAUGAAGCUAUUGUAAUGGUUUUAGAGUCAACUGGAGAAAGUGCAUUUAAGAUGAUUUUGAAUUUAUUAAAAUCUCUUUGGAAAUCUUCUACCAUUACUCUAGACCAAAUGAAAAGAGGUUAUGAGAGAAUUUACAAUGAAAUUCCAGACAUUAAUUUGGAUGUCCCACAUUCAUACUCUGUGCUUGAACGAUUUGUAGAAGAAUGUUUUCAGGCUGGAAUAAUUUCCAAACAACUCAGAGAUCUUUGUCCUUCAAGGGGCAGAAAACGUUUUGUAAGUGAAGGAGAUGGAGGUCGCCUUAAACCAGAGAGCUACUGAAUAUAAGAACUCUUACAGUCUUAGAUGUUCUAAAAUAUAUAAAUAUAUCUGAAUUGUAAGAGUUGUUAGCACAGGUUUUUUGUUUUGUUUUGUUUUUGAAGCACUUGUUUUGGGUACAAGGCAUUUCUGAAAUUUUAUAAACUUACAAUUUAAGGGGAAUUUUUAAAGGAAGUGUUUUCUUUUUUCAUUCUUUCGUAUUUUUGUUUUUUUGAGGGUGUAAAGGAGGGACAGAAGAGUAACCACUUCUUAAGUGGAAUAUUCUCAUAAGCUACCUUUUGUAAGUGCCAUGUUUAUGACCUAAUCAUUCCAAGUUUUGCAUUGAUGUCUGACUGCCACAUCCUUUCUUUCAAGGACAGUGUUUUUGUAGUAAAAUCACUGGUUUAUACAAAGCUUUAUUUAGGGGGUGAAGUUAAGCUGCUAAAACCCCAUGUUGGCUGCUGCUGUUGGAAUACUGUGCUUUGGGAGUAAAAAAAAAAAAAAAAAAAAAAAAAAAAAAAAAAAAAAAAAAGUUAUUUCUUUGUCUUAAAGAAUUUUAAGAAAAUGAGUUAGUCAUAAGACUUAUUCAUUUUUCCAGGGAACAUAUUGAUUGGUCUCAAAGACUAGACAGUUAAAUAAAUGGUGGCUGGAACAUCUAUUUUUCUACAAAACUGGAAAAAUGAACCUGGUUCUAAAAGAAUGUAUGACAAAAUAAAACAUGUGAAGCAGUGUUGAUUCUUCAUUGGGAGUACAUUUAUUUUAGGUCUUUUUAAAAACUUUUAUUUUACACAGCAAAUUUUAAAUCCUCUAAGGGAGCAUAUUUGAACCUAGUGAAUUUAAACUUUGUUCUUU